CUUGUAUGUGUCUUAUAUAGGCAUGCGUGUGUUCUACCGAAAAGUUUUCAAACACGUUUGUCGUCUACCGCUUGUCGUAUUUCCCCCUCUGAAAUAUCACAACUUUUACAAGAGCGCUUAGUUGAUUGGUCCGCAAAAUUUCUUUAAAGAAGAUUAGAGGAUCUUGUUUUUUUGGGAUGUAGGAGGGAAUCGAAGAGACAGGACGCGUUUUAAGUGUUGGAGAUGGUAUAGCACGGGUGUAUGGUCUUAAGAAUUGUAAGGCUGGCGAAAUGGUUGUAUUUUCCUCUGGCCAUAGAGGAAUGGCGUUAAAUUUAGAAUUUGAUAAUGUUGGAGUCGUUAUUUUUGGAAAUGAUCGUCAUAUACGUGAAGGAGAUAUUGUUAAAAGAACCGAUACUAUAGUUGAAGUAGGUGUCGGAUCACAAUUGUUAGGUCGAGUCGUGGAUGCUUUAGGGAAUCCUAUUGAUGGAAAGGGGUCAGUGUCAUAUGAUAAAUUUAUACGUGUUGAGACAAAAGCUCCCGGUAUUUUGUCUCGCCAACCCAUAUGUGAACCAAUGUCUACUGGUGUCAAAUGCAUUGACGCUUUAGUACCUAUUGGCAGAGGACAACGUGAAUUAAUUAUUGGUGAUCGUCAAACAGGAAAAACUGCACUUAUUAUCGAUACGAUUCUUAAUCAAAAAGAAGCAAAUGAGGGUUUAGAUGAAAGCCAAAAAUUAUAUUGUGUUUAUGUUGCUAUUGGUCAAAAAUGUUCGACAGUUUCCCAUAUUGUUGAUACAUUAACCAAACAUGAUGCUUUAAAAUAUACCGUGGUGGUGGUGGCGACAGCGUCUGAUGCUGCUCCCUUACAGUAUAUUGCUCCGUAUUCUGGCUGUACUAUUGCUGAGUGGUUUCGCGAUAAUGGUCAACAUGCUAUUGUUUUUUAUGAUGAUUUAUCCAAGCAAGCCGUUGCCUAUCGCCAAAUGUCUUUAUUACUUCGACGACCUCCGGGAAGAGAAGCUUAUCCUGGAGAUGUUUUUUAUCUUCAUAGUCGUUUAUUAGAACGUGCAGCGAAACUGUCUGAUUCUCUGGGAGGUGGUUCUCUUACAGCUUUACCUGUUGUUGAGACGCAAGGAGGAGAUGUGUCAGCGUACAUUCCCACUAAUGUUAUUUCCAUUACGGAUGGGCAAAUUUUCAUUGAGAGCGAACUUUUUUUUAAAGGAGUUCGCCCUGCUAUUAAUGUAGGCUUGUCUGUUAGUCGUGUUGGCUCAGCAGCACAAAGUAAAGCAAUGAAACAAGUAUCAAGCUCAAUGAAAUUAGAUUUGGCUCAAUAUCGAGAUUUAGCUGCAUUUUCCCAAUUUGGAUCAGAUUUAGAUGAGUCGACAAAACAACUUUUAGUGCGUGGUUCUGUGUUAACCGAGUUAUUAAAACAAAGACAAUAUGAACCGAUGAAAACACUACAUCAAGUAGUCAUUCUUUUCACGGGAGUUGAAGGAUAUUUAGACUCACUCGACAAGGAAGAAAUAAUCAGAUUUGAAAAAGUAUUUUUGCACCAUAUGGAUACAACCCAGCAAGAUAUUUUACAAUCUAUUGAAAGAGAAAAAGAAAUAAGCUUGGAAACAAAAUUAAAAUUAAAACAAGUUAUUGAAGAUUUCUUAUCUGAAAAUGAAUUUAAAAAAAAACAGACGAAUUUAUAAACGUUUAUGGUUCAACACUCUUGCAAUAUUUAAAAUAUG